GGAAAAAAAAGAUUGUACCCUUUGAAGGUGUUUUGUUACAAUAAUGUAAUUGAUAAUUUAAAAAGGUUGCUGUCAAAGACAAAUUUCAUAUCUAAUUGUGAACAAUGGAGAAACAGAAAUGUCCCUGAAGGAUUUUUGGCAGAUAUUUUUGAUGGAAAAGUCUGGAAAGAUUUUUUAUAUGUAGAUGGUCAACCAUUCUUAGCAGCUCCACAUAAUUAUGCAUUUAUGUUAAAUGUUGAUUGGUUCCAGCCAUUUAAACACUCGCUGUACAGUGUUGGAGCUUUAUACAUGGUUUUYAUGAAUCUGCCACGAGAGUUGAGGUUYAAACCUGAAAAUAUUAUCUUGGUAGGAGUUAUASCUGGUCCACAUGAACCCAGACUGACAAUCAACACUUACUUAAAACCACUUGUUGCAGAACUUAACACCCUUUGGCAAGGUAUACAAUUUAAAACAGCUGAUACUGAUGAUAUUUUAACAAUACGYGCAGCACUUUUAUGUGUUGGAUGUGACGUCCCUGCAGCUAGAAAAGUAUGUGGUUUUACGGGACAUGCAUCAUGCCAGGGUUGUUCUAAAUGUAAAAAAACGUUCACUGGUAAUGUUUCUGACAGGAUGGACUUUUCUGGUUUUGAUCCCUGCUCUCCAAGAACUAAUGAAGAACAUCGCCAACAAGCACAGGAUAUUUUGAAUCAAACCACUGCUACAGACAAAGCUUCUAAAGAGAAAGAAUAUGGCACUAGAUUCACAGAAUUAAUGAUGUUGCCAUAUUUUGAUUGUGUAAGGUUUCACAUAAUUGAUCCUAUGCACAACCUUUUUACUGGAACKGCAAAACAUAUGAUGAAAAAURUAUGGCUUGAUGAUUCUUCACCAGUUAUAGAAAAAAAGAAACUCGAGCAAAUACAGAAAAAAAUAGACAAGAUUACAGUUCCGUCAAGUGUUGGUCGCUUACCCAAGAAAAUUAUCAAUAGUUAUGGGGRUUUCACUGCUGACCAGUGGAAAGCCUGGACAAUCAUUUACUCUAUAUUUGCAUUAUGGGACAUUCUGCCCGAACAAGAUUUGGAAGUAUGGCGCCGUUUUGUUUUAGCCUGUAGUAUUUUGUGCACCCCAAUAAUAACUCACACUAAAGCUCGACUUGGAAAUGAGCACCUCAUGUCAUUCUGCAAAGGAUUUCAAGAACUGUAUGGCUGUACCAAGGUUACACCUAACAUGCAUUUGCAUACCCACAUUUUGCAAUGCAUUUUGGACUAUGGUCCUGUUUAUUCCUUUUGGCUUUUUAGCUUUGAAAGGUAUAAUGGAAUAUUAGGGGAAUAUUCUACAAACCAGCGAUCCAUUGAAAUACAAAUAAUGAGAAAAUUUUUAUCAGAACAGUUUGUCAAGGCAAUACCACUUCCUACUGUUUAUAGUGACAUUUUUGUCCCUAUUUUAAACAAAAUGAAGUCAAGUGCCAUAGGGACUGUGAACACUUUAAAUUGUAAGAGCUCAUCAGAUUUAAUUAUUAGACAAAGUCUUCUGUCCAUUGGCCCAGUGAGGAAAGGACUGUUYUGGAUAAUUUCAGACCAGAUAGACUUUAUAACAUGUUUGCCACCCAUAUUCAAGACUGCUAUUUCUAUGAACUCUCUCUCACAUCUGAAAGCAGCAUACAGCUCUUUCUUAAUUGAUGUAAAUGAGGAAUCUGUGACUGCUUGUUGUGAAAUACUUUCAAGUGUAAAUGUUGCUGGAGAAWURUUUGGUUCCUGCAAAUCAAGGCAUUGUAGAUCAGCAUAUAUCUUGGCAUCAUGGUGUGGUCUUAAUGCAAGAAUAGACUCCUCUGGUCUACAUCUUCGACCAGGCAUCAUACAACACUUUAUCCGACAGAAUGUUGAAGUUAAUGGUCAGUAUGAAACUUGCAUAUUGGCAGAGGUUAAAUGGUACAAACAACACCAUAGAAAGGACUUUUUGGGUGCACCAGUUCAAGUGUGGUGCAAAGAACAUUAUGAGAUCGAAGGCCCUGCAGAUUUCUUGCCAUUACAAAGAAUUCAUUCAAAGUUUGUACCAGCUUAUCAGAUUAUUGACAAUGAAAAUGUCCUGGUUGUAUGUCCUCUUCCUCGCAAGAUGCAAUGCUAA